AUGAAUGGUGAUAUUACUUCUCAAGGAAUUGAAGGUUUCAAUUCUGAUACACCAACUCAACGUGUGGAACCUGAUAAUUCUUCACCAGCUGAAUUUUCAACUGACCCUCCUGUUCAACAUGUUGACCUUGAAGAUGAAGCAAAAGUUGGUGAAAAACGAUUAAGAUCAGUUGUUUGGCAACACUUUAAAAAAAUCAAUGUUGAGGGAGUUGAUAAAGCAGAAUGCAACUACUGCAAGAAACUUCUUGGAGCCCAAAGAAGAAAUGGAACAAAGCAUCUUCAUGAACAUCAUAAGGUGUGCAAGAUGAGGCCCUUCAAAAAUAUGAGGCAGCAAACAUUAUUGCAACAACAAUGGAAAGCUGAUGGAAAAAUGUGUAGAAGUAAUUACACAUUUGAUCAAGAAACUUCCAGGAAGGAGUUGGCAAGUAUGACAAUAAUCAUGCAUGAAUACCCACUUUCAAUGGUUGAUCAUUAUGGUUUCAAAAGAUUUGCAUCUGUUGUUCAACCAAUAUUCAAGAUUCCUUCCAGGAAUACAAUUAGAAGUGAUAUAAUGAAGAUUUAUGGUAUAGAAAGGGCCAACAUCAUGGACAUUUUGAAGAAAAACUCAAGUAGGGUAACAUUAACUAUAGAUAUGUGGACGACAUCUAAUCAAAAGAAAGGCUACAUGGCUAUCACUGCGUACUUUAUUGACAACAAUUGGAGUUUGCAAAGUUUGCUUAUGAGACAUGUUACUUAA